CUAGUGUCUAGUUAUUUAGUCAGUUACGCCCGGAGGAACUUAUUUUGCCGAAUAUCUAAUCCAGUCCUCAAUUAUUCCCUCAGAUUGAUUCCGCCUUGGUGUAUGCUUCGGUUGCGCCAACUCUGCUUUAAGAUGGCCGAGGAAACAGCUGCUAAGAAGGUUAAGACCUCCUCUCCCUUGAUCGGGACUCACAAUGGUCACUUCCACGCCGACGAAGCUCUCGCUGUUUACCUCCUCCGUCUGCUACCGACCUACUCGUCCUCCUCCCUCCUCCGCACGAGAGAUCCGGCCCAGCUAGCGACCUGCCACACCGUGGUCGAUGUGGGCGGGGAAUACGACCCCACUAGUAAUCGCUAUGAUCAUCACCAGCGUACUUUCGCGACCACCUUCCCGGAUCACAACACAAAGCUGUCCUCCGCGGGGCUGGUGUACAUGCACUUUGGCCGGGCCAUCAUCGCCCAACAUACCUCGCUACCCUUAGACCACGAGGACGUUACCCUGCUGUAUGAGAAACUCUACACCGAUUUCAUCGAGGCCAUCGAUGCCAACGAUAAUGGCGUCUCCGCCUACGACCCCGCAGCCAUCUCUGCCGCCAACAUCGAGAAGCGUUUCAAGGACGGUGGCAUCACGAUCGCUUCGGUGGUCGGUGAUUUGAAUAACCCGGACCCCACCUGUCCUCCCGGAGAGCCCCAGGACGAGGAUAGCCUGUUCUCCAGGGCUAGCACCUUCAUUGGGAAUGUAUUUACCCGCAAGUUGCAUCACGCUGCUUCCUCUUGGCUGCCCGCGCGUACCACCGUCGGUGCCGCCUACCGUUCCCGUCGGGAUGUGCACCCGUCCGGCCGUAUCAUUGUCCUCCCCCAAGGUGGCGUCCCCUGGAAGGAGCAUCUGUACAACUUUGAGAAAGAAGCUUCUGGGUCGGCGGAGAUUAAGCCUGAGGAGGAGGCUUAUUAUGUCCUGUAUCCCGAAAGUACGGCGGAGGAUUCCAAGUGGCGUGUCCAAUGUGUCUCCGUCAACGAGGGAAGCUUUGUGUCUCGUAAGCCGCUCCCAGAGGCGUGGCGCGGUGUCCGCGACGCGGAUCUCGAUGGUGUCCUGGCUGCAGCGGCUGAGAAGCCUGGCCAGCUCAAGAUCCCCGAGGGUGCUGUCUUCGUCCAUGCGAGCGGUUUCAUCGGUGGCCAUAAGACGAAGGAAGGUGCGCUUGCCAUGGCCAUUCGCGGGCUAGAGUAAUAGCUUUGUACUUUUGUCCUUCCAGAAAUCUGUGUAUAGAUUUCUGAACCAUCCUAGCUGGUUAAUUUGAAGCGCCA